CGCGCCCUCCGCCGCUUCCCGAUUGGUUGCGCCCUCUGGUGGUCACAGCUCCGGCCGCUUCCGCCUUCAUCCGGGCUCCUCCGCUGACCCGCGAUGUGACCCGACAGUACGGCAAAUAUGGCGGAGCCUUCUCUUGGGAAUGUAAGCCCAGGAGGCUCGGCUACAUCCGAUGACCAUGAGUUUGACCCCUCAGCCGACAUGUUGGUUCACGAGUUUGACGAUGAGCGCACUUUGGAGGAGGAAGAAUUAUUGGAGGGUGAUGUGAACUUCAGCUCUGAGAUUGAGCACCUGGAAAGGGAAAGCGAGAUGCCGAUUCACGAAUUAUUACGACUUUAUGGCUAUGGUAGCACAGUACCUCUACCUGGAGAAGAGGAGGAGGAAGAAGAGGAUGAUGAAGAGGAGGAGGAGGAGGAGGACAAUGAUGAGAAUAGUGCAUGCAGCGGAGAAAAUAAGGAUGAAACUGUCAAAGAUUCAUCUGGUCAAGAAGAUGAGACGCAAUCCUCUGACGAGCCAGUACCAUCUGCUACUCAAGACGCACCAGAAGUUACCCGGUCUCGGCGAUGCAAGUACUUUGAUACCAAUAAUGAAAUGGAAGAGGAGUCUGAAGAUGAUGAAGAUUAUAUUCCUUCAGAAGACUGGAAAAAAGAGAUAAUGGUGGGUUCUAUGUUUCAAGCCGAAAUCCCAGCUGGCAUCAGCAAAUAUCGAGAAACAGAGAGAGUGUAUGAAAACGAUGACCAGUUACUGUGGAAUCCGGAUUAUGUUGGAGAGGAAAGAGUGAUCGACUUUCUGAUAGAGGCAUCGAAGAGAACUGGAGAGGAAAAGGGACUGGAUGCCAUUCCUGAAGGGGCACACAUAAAGGACAAUGAACAGGCCCUGUAUGAGCUGGUGAAAUGUAACUUUGAUACAGAAGAAGCACUGAGAAGAUUAAGGUUUAAUGUGAAAGCAGCACGUGAAGAGCUCUCUGUUUGGACAGAGGAGGAGUGUCGGAAUUUUGAGCAAGGACUUAAAGCAUAUGGAAAAGAUUUCCACCUGAUUCAGGCAAAUAAGGUAAGAACACGGUCUGUCGGAGAGUGCGUGGCUUUUUAUUAUAUGUGGAAGAAGUCCGAGCGAUACGACUUCUUCGCCCAGCAAACAAGAUUCGGCAAAAAGAAGUACAACCUUCACCCCGGUGUCACGGAUUAUAUGGAUCGCCUUCUGGAUGAAAGCGAGAGUGCUGCUUCCAGUCAGGCCCCGUCGCCCCCUCCCACUAAUUCUAACAGCAGCACCAGCCAGUCUGAGAAGGAAGACAGUGCGGCCAGCAACACUAACCAGAAUGGGGUGUCUUCAAAUGGUCCAUCAGACAUGCCAAGCUGCAGAGAUGACGCUGUACCAGGAUCCUUGCAUUUAAAUGGUCCCAGCACCGCCGAACCUCCUUCAAAUGAGACCGACACCAACGGAUACAACCGGGACAGCCUUGCCAGCGACCCUAAAUUCAGCCUGGCAAACAACUCCAGGAGCGACCGAGAGUCAGAGGACGGCAGCGAACGAUCUGUGAAAAGACGGCGAUACGACAGCCCUGGUAAAGACAGCCCCAGAUCGUCGGACAUUUCUCAGGAAAUCUUCUCGCAAGGAGAGGUCUAAGAAAAAUGUUCUUUUUCCAUGGUGACAUUUUUGAAACAGUUUUGUUUCUCUGGGCCGUGAAAUUUCAGGGUUAUAAUGCUUAUUUAACAGGUUUCUCAAUACCGUUUCUCGGGACAGUAGAGAACAUUUCACAACGACGUUUUUGGAAUGAGAAUUUUUUUUUUCUUUUAAAGAAAAAAUGAACGUCGUGGAAGGACACCUAGAAUGUAUCCAAUAUACAGUAUAGCAAAAAGGGUUGUCGGAAAUAACUUAUUUUUCUGCAUUAUUGGAAAAAAGGGGGGGCUUUACUUUUUCCCUUCCUAUCAAGGUUUGUUUUUUCCAAAACAUGUUGGAUCUGAAAUUGCUAAGGAAAGCAGGGCCCUCAGGGGCGGCACCGUUUUUUAUAGGUAGAAGAGUAAACCAAAUAAGGUUUGUGUAUAUAUAUUAUUGACAUCAAUGAUGUCUUUUUUUUCUAUUCCUAUCUGGGCUGAAAAAGAUACGUGGUGUAUUUUUCCAGAUUUCUUAGUAGCCUUUCGAGAGAUUUUUACAGUUUUGAAUGAACUGUCCUUUCUUAAACAAAGCUUGUAUAAUUUUCUUAACUUGUACAGUUGGUAAACUUUUAUUAUAAGAAAUUAAUAUUCUGAAAAUUGUA